UUUUUAAGAAACAGUGAAUAUGCGAGUCGUUAAUCACUUGGCUACGUGAAUGCACAAACCUUCGUAAUGGCAACUUCAACAGGACUUCUGUGUGUUUGAUACUGUGCAUAGCCUAAUUUCUAACCGCAAGCUUUUUUGCUGCUAUUCUGAGAUCUAACGUUGCUGCGAUGGCGUCUGUGUCUUUAGUUCAAGAUCCCAGCAAAGCUGAAAACAAAACCUUUUACAACGACGAAAACUUACCGUCGUUGCCUGUACCGACUGUCCAGCAAACAAUUAAGAAAUAUUUAGAUUCUUGUAAAGCAGUACUGACAGAAGAAGAAUUUGGUAAAACAGCCGCAAUUUGCGACAAGUUUUUGAGGGAAGAUGGCCCAAAACUGCAAGAAAAGUUGCUUGAAAGGUCCAGAGUGCAUAAGAAUUGGCUUGACGAAUGGUGGCUAAAGAAGGUUUACCUAGAAGGCAGAGCACCUCUGGCCACUGGUAAUUUCUCAGGUCCUGGUACCUACAUAGAACACUAUUGGCCUCUGAAACCAGGUACUCAACUCGAAAGAAUAGCACUUGGUACUUACCAUUUCAUGCAAUUCUGGCAGCUUAUACGACGAGAGCUCAUUGCUUCACACAGUCUUGGUGAUGGAAAAAAACUAACCAUGCAUCAGUUUCGGUAUCUGUUCAAUACGUGUAGAAUUCCACAUCGUGGUAUGGACCAACUUUCGCAUUCAUUUAAAACAGAAGCUGAAGGCACCGCACCAACACAUAUUGUUGUGAUUUCCAGGGGUUACUUUUUCUCCAUUCCAAGUGUUAAUUCCACAACUGGUGAGAUCUAUACACCACCUGAAUAUUAUGCAAUGUUCAAAGAAAUCCAUGAGAUUUCAAACCAAAGGAAGAAAAAAGGGGUCCCAGUAGCUGCCUUAACCGCCCUGGAUAGAGAUACAUGGGCUGAUGCACGUGAUCAUUUAAUUGCAAUCAGCCCGAAGAAUAAAGAAGUUCUGGAGGAAAUAGAAACCUCUUUAAUAAUCACAACUUUGGAUGAUACAUCACCAGCAGACUACACAGAGCUCAGUUUCGAAGCCAUGUGUGGUGAUCCUGGUCAAAGGUGGUAUGACAAGUCCUACAACUCUGCGACAACAGAAAAUGGUGGCAACUUAUGUUUGUGUGAUCAUACUCCAUAUGAUGCCAUGGUUAUGGUGGCACUCGUGGAGUUUAUGACACAAGCAAUAAAGCAAGCAAAGGGGGUCUGGAAUGGGCCAUGGCACACAGAUGUUUAUGAAAAGCCUAAAGAGCUAAUCUUUAAAUUAGACGAAACUUCUAUGAUGUAUAUAAACAAAGCAACUACUUUAUGCAGGGAAAUAAAGGAUAACAUUGAACUUUUACAGAUUGUCUUUGAAAAGUUCGGUAAGGCAGCUUUCAAGCAAUACAAAAUACAUCCUGAUUUUGUGGUCCAACUUUGCUUGCAACUAGCAUACAUGAAAACACAUGGUAAACCUGGCCCAACAUAUGAAACUGCUAUGACACGGCAGUUUUAUCAUGGAAGAACAGAAACAUGUCGAAGCUGUACUCCAGAAGCAGUUGACUUUUGCAAAGCUGUACUACAAAACCCCAACCCAGGAUCUGAAGCUUUCAAGCAACUUAAACUUUUGCUACAAGUCGCCCAUAAAAAAUUUGUAACACUAAUGGCUGACUGCCUACAAAACAAAGGUUGCGACCGACACCUGUUAGGCCUGCUGUACAUUUGCUUGGAAAAUGGUUUUCCCAUCCCAGAGCUUUACACUGACCCUGCCUUUGCUGCAAGUGGAGGUAACGGAAACUUUGUUCUCUCCACAAGUUGUGUUGGAUAUUUCCACGCACAAGGUUCUGUGGCUCCUAUGGUUGAUAAUGGGUACGGAUUCUUCUACAGAAUAAACGACAACAAGAUCAUAUAUUCAGUUUCAGCAUUUAACUCUAACAAGGAAACGAAUGCAGGUUUACUGAGCACUAACUUUCAAAAUGCCCUGAUUUCGGUGCUUCAUAUCCUGUCGCAAAGCAAUGCAAAACUUUAAAUUUAUACCUUUUAACAUGCAAAUAUAAAUGCAGGUGUUAAUUAUUUUAAUUACUUCCACUGUUUUCAAAUUUUGUAAUUGUAUUAUUAUUUACAUUGUGCUGAAUUAUCUCUGGUGCAUAUGUCUAUUUGUUUAGUAAUCCAAACUGUCAAGGCAUUUUACUCUUAUCACAUUCUAUAUUCUACCUGAUGUGUAAAACAUUGCUUUGUAAAUAAUAUUGUAUAAAGAGAUUCUGUAAUUCCUUACAAUUUUAAGCAGAAUACGUGUAUUCUUAAAAUUCUUUGUGUAAUGCAGCAUUAGAAACAAUAAAUUAACAAUCAUGAAA